UGACCGAUGAAUGAGUUGUUACAUGAUACAUGAUGUAUGCAAGUAUAUAUCUAUGUGUGAUCAGAUUCUUAGAGUCAAAAAUAAAUUAAAAAAAAACAAACCCUCACGGCUCACGUGCUUAAGCAGUAAAUACAGCUCUUCAGUCUUCACUAACUAGAUAUCUUCAAUUGUUUUCAUGUUAAAAGAGACUUUGUUCUGCUUCUCGAGCUACCAAACCCAUCUCCAAAAGAAUUUUCACAAGCCAGCUCAAGUAUUGCUUAAUUAUAUAUAUAUAUAUAUAUAUAUAUAUAUUGAUCACUUAUAAACACUCAUACAAUAUAUGUAUCGUUAUCACUGAAUCUUAUACUUAGUAUUUUACUUGCCUUUAAAGCCUUCCUCGGCUAUCUUCCUUCAUAAGAGUCACUUGACUUUAGUAUUUCUCUUUUUGUUUCUUUCUACUUUUCUCUCUUUUUCUUACGAUCCGCUGAGAGCAUGCCUGAAUGUCAAGAGAAAGGGAGAGAUUUGAAGAGAUAGGGAAGAAGAUCAAAAGAGAAGCAGAUGCUUGGCCUCAUCAGAUGGCAGGAAUCAGAAGACCAAUGUCAGGUCCUCUCGGGACCCUCAACACCAUUACUCCUUGUGCUGCUUGCAAGCUUCUGCGCCGAAGAUGCGCUCAAGAAUGUCCAUUUUCACCGUAUUUCUCCCCACAUGAGCCUCAUAAGUUCGCGUCAGUCCACAAAGUCUUUGGAGCUAGCAACGUCUCCAAGAUGCUAAUGGAAGUACCUGAAAGCCAGAGAGCAGACGCGGCGAAUAGCCUCGUGUAUGAAGCAAACGUGAGGCUAAGAGAUCCGGUGUACGGGUGCAUGGGAGCAAUCUCAGCUCUACAACAACAAGUUCAAGCUUUACAAGCCGAGCUCACGGCCGUACGAUCCGAGAUUCUCAAGUAUAAGCAACGAGAAGCUGUGGUCACUUUGAUUGUACCUUCCAACUCCCAAGUCGCCGGAUUUCAUAACUCCGGUGGCGUAUCCGUCAUUGCACCACCACCACAAAGACCGUCAACUCCACCACAGCCUACGGCGGCUCAUCAUCCUCCUCCUCCAGCUUCUUGUGUUUUCUCUCAACCAACCACAAGAGCCUUAGAAUACGGCGACAUUGAAAGUGAGAACAACUCGUACUUCGGUUAAUAUUUAUUGGAAUCAUUCUACAAACACACACAAAUACAUAUAAUUUAUUUUGAUAAUUAAUUUGUGAUUCGGUGAUUAAUUAAAUUAAAUAAAUACAAGGGAGGAAGGUUGAUGUUAAAAAGUCUGUCACACUGAUCAAAAGUAUGUUAAUAUUGUUUAGUUAAAAGUCAAUUGAUUGAUUUAUUU